GGCUGUGAGAACAUAUAAUAAUAGCUUUGUGACCAGCAUUCAGCCCAGCUCUGCUCUGGGGUUGGGAUGAGCCUGAGACCUGCCGACACCCUGGCUUCAAUAUUCCCCCUUGGUUUCUCUCUGGAGAUGGGCUGGUUAAUCGCCCUGCUCAGCUGUGACACCCCCGAGAAGCCGAGAGGGGACAGUCAGAGGCGGCCUCGCCGUGACCUGCUUGCUCACACCAGACCAAUAAAGUGCAGGCGGAGUGACAGGGACAGCUGCUCUGUGGCGUUCAGAGGGAACCAAGCAGUUCAGUUCCUCAGCCUGGGGGACAAGUGUCUCACUACAGCCCUGCUUCUCUGAGAGCAGCCACCUCAACGCAGUCGGGGGUGCUCGCAGCUCUUGGAGCCACAGUCAGGCAUCUGGGACCCAAGGACCAGGCACCAGGGACCCCGAGAGCCGGGCAUUUGGGAUUCCCAUCCCCCUCACCCCCCCCCCCCCCAGUCCUACUCCACGUGCGGCACCACGGGCCACGGCUCCCAUCACCAGAUCGGCUCCCUGCUGGACUUUAGCAGCGGGGUCUGGACUCCAUCCCCAUCUGUGGCGACAGAGACGCUGGAGGAAGGAGGUACAUGGGGGCCAGGCAGUCUGGGGCCCGCCGCAAGGACAAGGGGCCCCUGGGGCGGGGGCUCCUGCGGGGGAGGCAGAAGUUCUCCUCCUGGGACGAUGCUCUGCUUCCUGGGAGGGACCCGCGCUGCCUGCUGAAGCGGGGGCUGCGGCAUGUCAGUUUCAGCCUGGUCACCAAGGGCAUGACGGACGCGCCCGACUUCCUGUGGGGCCUGUCGGAGAUGCAGAAGCUCAACCUGUCCCACAACCAGCUCCGGGCGGUCCCGCCCGAGCUGGGGAAGCUGACGCGGCUGGUGGUCCUGAACUUGUGCGGGAACCGCCUGAAGACGCUACCCCGGGAGGUCAGCCUCCUGCAGAGCCUCAAAGUCCUGUUCGUGCACAUGAACGGCCUGACGGAGCUGCCAGCGGAGCUGGGUGCCUGCCGGAGCUUGGAGGUCCUGAGCGCGUCGCACAACUGCCUGUCCCAGCUGCCCACCAGCCUCGCCGACCUGUCCCGGCUGCGCAAGCUGAACCUCAGCCACAACCGCUUUGCCCACAUCCCCGUCUGCGUGUUCUCGCUCAAGGAGCUGGACUUCCUGCACGUGGGCUCCAACCGCCUGGAGAACAUUGCCGAGAGCAUCCAGUGCCUGGCCGGCCUGCAGAUCUUCAUUGCUGAGGGCAACCACAUCCACACCUUCCCACGCUCGCUCUGCCUGCUCACAAGCCUUGAGCUGCUGAACCUGAACAACAAUGACAUCCAGAUGCUCCCUGCGGAGCUCUACAUGCUCUGCAGGCUGACCAGGAUCGCCUGGAACCCCAUGGACAAAGGGCUGCACAUUUCCCGCAACCCUUUAUCCAAGCCUCUGCCCGAGCUACUGGAGGGGGGUCUGGAGAUGCUCGUCAGUUACCUGAAGGACAGAAAACACACCUGAUGUGGGCGUUGGAGGCAUUGACAGACUCCGGCAGGAACUUUCCUAGUCUAAACCCUCUUCUCUUCCUGUUGCUGUGGGUCAAGGCUUGUGUUACUAUGUGCUAAGUUGUACUGAACACCCCUUCUAAGCCGGUGUUUGCGUUUUAGCUCUGUAUACUCCUAUAAAUGGGCUUCUUAGGUGGCUCACCAGUAAAGAAUCCACCUGCAAUGCAGGAGAUGCGGGUUCGAUCCCUGGGUAAUGGGAAGAUCCCAUGGAGGGGGGCAUGGUAACCCACUCCAGUAUUCUUGCCUAAAGAAUCCCAUGGACAGAGAAGCCUGGUGGGCUACAGUCCAUGGGGUCACAAAGAGUCUUAGCCUGCUGCCUCUCCCAAAAACCCGCAUAAUAUCAUCUCCUUCUGAAUAUCAGUGGAUAGAGGCUUCCCUGGUGGCUCAGAGGGUAAAGCGUCUGCCUGCAACGCAGGAGACCUGGGUUCGAUUCCUGGGUCGGGAAGAUCCCCUGGAGAAGGAAAUGGCAACCCACUCCAGUACUCUUGCCUG